CCCUUUGAACGGAGCCAUUGAGAACUACCACCACCCCCGCCCCCCUGUCACCACCGUCAUCACCACCACCACCAUCUCCGCCGCCGCCGCCGCUACGGCUUCUCUUGAGAACUCCAAAGCACACACGCUGAGCCUGAAAAUCUAUUUUGUCUUCAAUGGCCACCAGCAAGAGCUACUUAGCCAGGCCAAAUUACCGAUUUCUGUCCAGCGACCAGGCCUUGCACGCGCCACUCACGCACGACUCCGCAUACGAACUCGACGAGUCUGACAUUUACAACAUCUCAGCCACAUCUCGUUCCAACUCGACCGAGUUUCUCAAAGCCGUCCCCAGUUCGAGAUUCACAAAGAAAUCCACACCAACAGCAGUGGCGUUGACCAGACGCAACGACCCCGGAGACAGAACCGUCGGAACUCCUUCGUCACUUCCAGUUAACAUACCGGACUGGUCAAAGAUAUUAAAAGACGAGUACAGAGAGAAUCGGAGGAGAGAUAUGGACGACGAUGAUGAUGACGGCGAAGGAGAGGAUUAUUUCGACGGAGGAUCGAGGGUUCCACCGCACGAGUUUUUGGCGAGGCAGAUGGCGAGGACGAGGAUCGCAUCGUUCUCGGUGCAUGAAGGAGUAGGGAGGACUUUGAAAGGGAGGGAUCUGAGCAGAGUUAGAAAUGCAAUUUGGGAGAAAACUGGGUUUCAAGAUUAAAAAACAAAAAGAAAAACCCAGAAAUGAGAAGGGGUUUUUUUUCUCCCUUUUUUUAAAGAAAUAUCGGAUAUUAUCAUCAAGGAUAUAUAGAGAAAUUCAUCACUAAAAAUUUUCUCGAGAAAGUGACAGAUGGGUUUUUUAUAUUUUUGUUUGGGGUUGAGAUAUAUAAAUUUUAUUUGAAAUUUUGAUGACUCUGCAGGUAUUAAGCUAACUUCUUCGAGAUUGUAUCAGAAUUUGCAUAGAAAGUCUCGGGCUGUUUUUAUUUUUAUUUUCAAUAAAAUUGCUGAGAUUUCACCUAA